ACAGCCAUAGGGUUAGUGUACCGCUAACUAAAAGCUGUCAUGGCGUCGCAGACCCGUGCACUUGUCUCAGCCCAGUGGCUUGCCGAUGCGAUAAAAAGCAACCGAAUAGGUCCCCACCUGCGGAUACUUGAUUCGUCUUGGUAUUUGCCGAAACUGAAACGAGAUGCCACGUCAGAGUUCAGACAGAAACACAUACCCGGCACACACUUCUUUGAUCUGGAUGAGUGUUCUGACAAAACUUCAUCGCUGGAUCACAUGUUGCCAACUCAAAAUCAAUUUGCAGAGUACGUGUCAGGAUUAGGUAUUGGGAACGACACACAUGUUGUAGUGUACGAUGCCAGCGACUUUGGAUCAUAUAGCGCACCCCGCGUUUGGUGGAUGUUCCAGUUAUUUGGGCACAAUUUUGUCUCCGUGCUGGACGGUGGCAUGAAGAACUGGCUUCAUGAAGGGCGUCAGGUGACGUCAGAGUAUUGUUCACCAGAGCGUCAAGAGUUCAAGGCGAGCAUCAAUCAAUCUUGGAUAAAGACCUACGACGAUAUCGUGAAGAACAUCGAAACCCAACGGUUUCAGGUCAUCGAUGCUAGGUCCGCUGGCAGGUUUAGGGGAACUGAGCCGGAGCCCAGGGAUGACACUAAACCCGGGCACUUCCCUGGUGCCAUCAACAUGCCUUUCACCAGUUUCAUGGACGCCUCCGGGAGGGAACUGGAGGCUGACCAGCUGACUAAGCUGUUCCAGGAGGCCGGUGUGGACCUGGAGCGGCCCCUCUGGGCCAGCUGCGGCUCAGGUGUGACGGCGUGUCACGUGGUGCUGGCUGCCCACCUGCUGGGAUCUCCGCGAGUGUCCGUGUACGACGGCUCGUGGGCUGAGUGGUAUAAAAGAGCUGCGCCCGAGCAUAUUAUCUCUGAAGGGAAAUAGAAAUUAAGAUGAAAGUAGAAAUAAAGGUGAGAGAAGGAGAUAGGAGGUAGACCCCUUCAUGUAGCAGAAGUUACUGAUCAGUCAACAGAAGAUGAAUGCACUGAAUCCACAGUUACUAAGUGCUCAAGAGGGGGAAAGGUCAAGGCGUUUUACUUCAGAAACCCUCAGAUCAGAGAAGGUUGAGUGUUUUUCACAGGGCUGUAAUCAUAAUAUAUAUUGGGGGGACACAUCAUAUUCAAAUCUGGUCAAAAAAUCCCCCCAAUAUAUUGAUAUAAAAAAAUAAAUAAGAUAUAAAUGUUAUAUGCACACUCUGAAAUUAUCAUAAAAGAUGUAAUCAUAUUCAUAACUAAAUAUAAAACAUUUUCAGGGGGGGACCCUCAAACUCCCCAGCAGAUUUUGUCCCCCCCAGUGUUGACUCCAUGGCGAUGGUCUUGGUUUGUCCCCCCCAGUGUUGACUCCAUGGCGAUGGUCUUGGUUUGUCCCCCCCAGUGUUGACUCCAUGGCGAUGGUCUUGGUUUGUCCCCCCCAGUGUUGACUCCAUGGCAAUGGCCUUGGUUUGUCCCCCCCAGUGUUGACUCCAUGGCGAUGGCCUUGGUUUGUCCCCCCCAGUGUUGACUCCAUGGCGAUGGUCUUGGUUUUUCACAGAUUUGGGGAACCGCUGCUGUGUAAAAGGUGCUGGUCAUAAAGAAGCACUAGGGUGAGUGGUGUGGUACAGGUAGUCCUAGAUUAUUCAUACAGAGGAUGUUGAGACCAAUAACUUAAGUGGCACUUAAGCUUUAAUUAUUUCAUGUUUCAUUUACUAUCCUCAAAUGAAGAAUAUUGCAUUUCAAAUCAAACAUUGUUGCAGACCUAAGUGCACUUUUUUAGUUGAAAUGGCAACAGUUACAUUGUGACUAAUAUUAUGACGUGCAAUACAUUUCACAAUAAAAACGAGUACGUUUUUAGA